AUGCCAGAGAAGGCCGGUAAAACGAUUAUUGAGCACAGCUACAUAAAAAUUAAGCUGGACAUAGAUGCACUGCUGGAGGAGCACCAGAAAUUUGUGCAGAACAAAAUGGCUUUCCCUAUGUCGAUUCCGAAAAACGGGGAGUACAGCAUACUCUACCAAAUGCUGAAUCAGUCUGUGAAAAUUGGAGUUGACAUUGGGUCUGCUGAAUGGGAGAAAAAAAUAGACGUCGCUGUGCACCUUGUAAAAAUGCGCCUUAUGCACAUAAUACAGUUCUCUGCGAACAAGAACAUUGUGGAUUUCAGAGGGGCCAUUUUCAACCGCUUUGGAGGAGAAAACCCCGGAAAAUCAGAAGAUAGCGCAAAACGAGCUCUUGCUAAGCAGGGGAAAGCCAUCCGGGAAAACCUCCUGAUGCAGACAGUAAACGGCAAAGCAACGCUGAGGAACGUAGUAAGCGAAGACAUUCAGAGACUUGUCCAAACCCUGAAAAAUCUCGACUCUAUAGACGAGGAGAGCAGAGAAAGCUUUCUAGAUGUAAUGGAAAAACAUGCAAGAAACAGCAGGAGCUACAUGACGUUGAGUGACAACUAUCUGCUAAAGUGCGCCCUGCGGGACGCGUGCAUAGCGUAUGAAGCCCAGCACAACGUCUCUGAAGACAAGGAUAUAUACUCUUUGGACGAGCUGUACUCGUUGCAAACAGAGGAUGGAAACCUCGUGGAGGACGGGCUUCUUCUUAUAAAGAGCCGAAAAGAGGUUUUUCUAACGGAAAGCCCGGAAAGCAUCUUUAACUACCUCUCAAAGGAGGGUGUUAAGCUUCUAAGAAGCAUAAACUACCACUUGAGCGGCAUAUCCAUGGAGAGAGAGCUGUACUUUGAGCUGCUGCGAAUGCACAAGGGAGAUGUCAAGCCAGUCCAAUGCAAAGCUCACAGUUUACGGUGGAUCAACGAAAAAAGGUCAAACUCUGUUGGGCUGAAAACAUUCUGUAAUGCAGUGGACUCGGACUUGAUGUGUGCUCUUUUUGAAGAGCCGGAUCUUCCUGAUGCAACGGCUGUUUCCACGAGAAGCCCGGAACUAGAAGUUUUUCUCUCUCCGGAGACGCAGAGAAAGCUGGAGAUGUACCGAAUGUUGAGUUCCACGCAGAGAAAGCACGUUCUUGAAGCAGUUCGGCGGUACGCAAGAAUUUUGCACGUUAAGAUAGAAAAUUCGGAUUCCAGAAUCAGCGAAACAUUUAAGGACUUUAUGCUUUGGCUUGCAGUUUGUAUCUUGGGCAUGGCCACAGUCGGGUUUGUAUCCACGUCCGGGGCGCUGUUUUUUGCCAAGUAUUAA